ACACCCAUAUUCUAAGUCGUAAACUCAUGAUUUCCUCGACUCGACUCAACCUCACUGAGGGGUUUUCAUAUUCACAGUUGUAAUUUUUGUCCUUACCUCAAACACCUUCCUCACUCGAGGUGAGUUUGAGUCGAGGAACCAACUGUCAAAUGUAAGGUUGAUCGCCAUCUACCUUGAGGAAGUUUAUAAGUAAUUGUUAGCUACAAAAGACAUUAUUUCAUUAAUUUUUUAUAAUGUCUUUCGAAAGUUUUAUUGAAUAUAUGUACGAUAGUCCUUACGACUACUUAUCGCGACGAUAUUUACGAGAUGCAGAAAAUCCGAUGGAAAUUUAUGAUGAAAAUGAAUUUCGAAUAAGAUUCCGCUUCACCAAAAAUAUUGUGGCAAGCUUUUUGUUACCCCUGCUCUUCCAAAAUACUGGAGACAGCAAGCGUGGAUUGCCGAUUCCACCAGUGAUCCAAAUGCUAGCAGCCUUACGAUUUUACGCAACUGGAAACUUUCAAAUUGUUUGCGGCGACUUGCACCAAAUAAGUCAAUCAGUCGUUUCAAAGAUUGUGGCCAAUGUAUCGAAAGCUUUAGCUUUAAAAAUAAGGCGCUUCAUUAAAUUUCCUGACGUCCCUGAGCAAGCUAAUGUGAAGAUUCAAUUUCAUCGUGUUGCUGGAUUUCCUGGGGUUAUUGGAUGCAUUGAUUGUACCCAUAUUCCAAUAAAAAAUCCAAACCGACAAAACGGCGAAGUAUUUCGCAAUCGUAAAGGUUGGUUUUCAAUUAAUGUGCAAAUAGUAUGUGGCCCUCGGAUGGAAAUAUAUGAUAUCGUAGCACGCUGGCCUGGAUCUGUCCAUGACUCUAGAAUAUUUAAUAAUAGCAGGUGUUAUAUGAGAUUUGAAGAAGGGGAAAUUGCAGGUUUACUGAUUGGUGAUAGUGGUUAUGCACAGUCACCAUACAUGUAUACACUAGUCCAUAAUCCUCAAUCACAACCUGAAUUCAAAUAUAAUAGGGCCCAUAUCAGUACUAGAAAUAUUAUAGAAAGGUUUAAUGGUGUAUGGAAAAGAAAAUUUGCAUGUUUGAAUAGAAAACUGCAAAAUAAUCUGGCAAAUACAUGUAAUAUUAUAGUGGCAUGUGCUGUGCUAUAUAAUAUUAGUAUUGAGACCAAUCAAGAAAUGAUUGAACCCUUAACCAAUCUUGCUGUAGUUCCAGUACCUCACACUGGUGAUACAGCACAAGGUAGUGUUAUAAGGGCUGCAUUUAUAGCAAGACAUUUUAGUUAACACCUACAUCUUAUUAUGUUUUUAUACAUACAUUUUUUUAUAUGUUACUUUAUUUUUUUAAAUGUUACUUUAAGGAAAAUUUAAAUAUUAAUCUUUACUAUUAUUGUUAUAUUAAUAAGUUUGUUAAAUACUGUUCACAACUAAAUUUUUGGAUGAUU